AUGUCUUUGUUCGAUUCUCAAAGAAUAUCGAAAGUCUCUACUCUUUUUAUUCUGACCAUUACCGUUGUGAGAUCUCAAAAAAUUGGUACCUAUACUACCGAGACUCACCCAGCCUUGACUUGGUCAACAUGUACAGAAGGUGGUAGUUGUACCACUACUAUUGAUGUCAGUUGUGCUCAGGACUGUGCUCUUGAUGGCGCUAACUAUGAAGGGACAUACGGUAUAACUAGCAGUGGGAAUGAACUACAUGGCGCACAGUAUGGUGUCGGUUACUGUGAUUCUCGAUGUCCUCGCGAUCUCAAGUUCAUUCAAGGUUUGACGAACGUUGAGGAUUGGACUCCAUCAUCAAACAAUGCGAAUACAGGAGUUGGGAACUACGGAUCCUGUUGCGCUGAACUGGACAUUUGGGAGGCAAAUAGCGUGUUAGAAGCACUUACCCCUCAUCCAUGCGACACUCCAACAAAUACCCGUUGUGAGGGAGACGCCCGUGGUGGAACUUAUACUAAUACUCGCUAUGCUGGUACAUGUAACCCUGAUGGUUGUGACUUCAACCCUUCCCGUCUCGGAAACACCAGCUUCUACGAGUCCAGGAUGACUAUAACUCGUUAUUAUGUUCAGAACGACGUGGUCAUCCCGCAGCCUGCCUCUCAGAUUUCAGGCAUUACUGGAAAUGUCAUUAACGUCGCGUUUUGCAGUGCCGAGCUUUCGGUUUUCGCUAAAACUACUGCAUUUACUUCUCACGGUGGCAUGAGUAGUGUUGGGAAAGCACUCUCCAGCGGAAUGGUUUUAGUCAUAAGUGUUUGGGAUGAUUAUUCUGCUAGCAUGUUAUGGCUUGAUAGCAUGUACGCAACAAAUGAUACUGCGACCACCCCCGGCGCGAAACGUGGAACAUGUGCUACAACGUCUGGAGUUCCGAAAACCGUCAAUGCUGACGAUCCUAACGCUUAUGUUAUAUUUUCAGACAUAAGAGUAGGCCCUAUCAAAUCGACUUUUACGGGUGGCUCCUGA